UAUCCGGCUUUGCAUCAAGUUAUUAAGUACUUAAAUAUGGAAUUUAGUAUAAGGGGAUAUAAUGAGAGCCGCCAAAAAUGAUCUUUUUGUUUUUUGCGUGUAGACAAUCGUUGGGUAAAAUAAAGUUUGAAAUAUCUGAAGUUAAAAUAUUGUAAUGUACAUGUACAAAAACGGAGUCUGAAGCAAUUGUGUAAUGAGGGGAGAACAAUUAACUGUGGGGUCUGGCUUUCCUAUCUUUCUUUUUAAUAUCUGAUUAUGUCUACAAGACACGCCAGAGUGGCAGACAAAGAAUUGAACGAUAAACACACAAGAAUAUUAAUAGAGUUACUACGACGAAUUGAAAACAAGACAUGUGCUGAUUGCAAAAAGAAAGAUCCUCGUUGGGCCUCAUGGAAUUUAGGUAUCUUUGUUUGUAUUCGUUGCUCGGGUACACAUAGAUCCUUGGGGACUCAUAUCAGUAAAGUCAAAUCAGUUGACCUUGACACAUGGACAGUUGAGCAAAUCGAAAACAUGAUUAAAUGGGGUAAUCAAAGGGCGAAUAUUUAUUGGGAAGCCAAUUUAGAUGGUAAACAGCCAACUGAUAGCAAUAUGGAUUCUUGGAUUCGAGCAAAGUAUGAACAAAGGUUAUGGGUUAAAAAUGAUGAUUGCUCUGAUCUGUCCAAAAUUGCAGUGAAUUUUGUGGAGGAACAGGUAGUCAAGGGGUACUCUCUAAAUUAAUACACACUUACAAAUAUUCAUCUGUCUAGAAACAGGAUGCAGUUGCUAUUGAAGAACAAAAGCCAGUAAUUACUCCUGUAGUGAAAGAUCUCUCUAAAGAAUUCGGCCUUCUUUAUCACAAUUCAAUUAAAAAUAGAUCAG